GAAGCCCUGAUGGAAAGACUGUGGAGAGAUUCACAAGUAGUUGAGAAAGUUCAGAUGCUGGUUCAACAAGAUGAAGAAAUUAUGGCAGAAGAAGUCAGGAUUGUGGAAGAAUGUGCUCAGAGAACCGCCAGAGAGAUAAGGAGUGUGCUGCCAGCUCUGGACAAGGCCACCGUGGCCCUGAGCACCCUGGAUAAAGCCGACAUCACCGAGCUAAGGGUGUACACGCGGCCUCCCUCCCUCGUGCUGAUGGUCAUGAACGCUGUGUGCAUUCUUCUGCAGAAGAAACCCAACUGGGCCUCGGCGAAGUUGCUUCUUUCUCAAACCGGUUUCCUAAAAAAAACUGAUCAACCUGGACAGGGACAGCAUCCCCGACAAGGUUUUCAUGAAGCUGAAAAAAAUUUUGCUCUUCCCUGAUUUCAACCCAAACAAGAUUGCCCUCGUUUCUAUAGCCUGUUGCUCUAUGUGCCAGUGGGUCAUAGCUUUGAAUAACUAUCAUGAAGUGCAGAAGCUCGUGGGCCCCAAGCAGAUCCAAGUGGCAGAAGCUCAACGUGUCCUAAAAAUUGCACGGCAGAGGCUGGCCGAAAAACAAAGAGGUUUGCAGCGGGUGGAAGAACACGUGCUGGCCUUGCAGGCGGCCUACAAAGACCUCGUGGCCAAAAAGCAGCUGCUAGCAAACAGAAGGAAACUGGCCACCAGGCGCCUGCAGUGUGCAUCUGUCUUACUAACCAGCCUGGAAGGCGAGAAGACUCAAUGGCCAGAAACAAUCGAUCAAAUAGACAAGAAGUUGGAAAGAAUCUGGGGUGACGUGCUUCUUUCAGCAGCGUGCAUCGUCUACAGCGGGGCGCUGACAGCAGAAUUUCGCCAGUUGAUUGUGAACAAAUGGGAGACUCUCUGCACCGAAAACAGCAUCCCUUUGUCGCCCAACUUUUCUUUAAUUGAAGUCAUGGCCCCAAACCACGAGAUCCGCCGGUGGCAUUCUCAGGGGCUCCCGCUCGGUCAGUAUUCAGCGGAGAACGCCAUCUUGACCAGGAACAGCCUGCAGUGGCCACUGCUGAUUGACCCACAUAAGCAGGCUCACAACUGGAUCCGGCAGACGGAAGGGUCCAGGCUGCAGGAGCUCUCCAUGGAGGACGGCAGCCACAUCCAAACUAUUGAAAAUGCUGUGAAGACAGGAGGGAGUGUCCUCUUGCAGAAUCUCCCUGAAACAUUAGCUCCAAGUUUAAAGGCAAUUUUGAAGAAGGAGAUCUAUCAGAAAAGAGGACAAUAUUUCAUAAGGGUUGAGGAUUCUGAGAUCGAAUACAAUUCCCAAUUUAGGUUGUUCAUUUCCACAGAGGUAGACAACCCCCAUCUUCCUCCGUCGGUCUAUAACUUUGUUACCGUGAUCAACUUCACCUUAACGUUCCGAGAUUUGCAGGAUCAACUCCUUUCUACGGUAUUAACUCACGAAGUUCCUCACUUAGAAAGUCAACGUUUCCAGUUGUCGGAGAGUAUAUCCCUUGAUGCUGGGACCCUUGAAGAGCUAGAAGCACAAACGUUAAAUGUACUGGAGACCGUGCAAGCACGUGUGUUAGAUGAUGAGGAAAUUGUAGACAUCUUAAGAAAAUCCAAAACGGCUUCAAAUGAGAUUUCCAAGCGCAUCAAAGCGACAGAAAAAGCAGAAAGUGAAAUCCAAGCGCUGCGGGAACACUACCGGUCUGUCGCGACUCGAGGCGCCCUGCUCUACUUCCUCGUGGCCGGGCUCGCCCGCCUCAACUCCAUGUACCAGUUCUCCCUGGACUGGUUUCGCCAGGUGUUCGUUCGAUCAGUAGCUCCCCGAAGCAAAGAACAGGAACACGGCCUGAAGAGGGAGAAAACGUCUCAGAAAAAAGUUGGUGAUAUCACAGACCUCGCCAAGGAACCAAAGUUCGAGAGCGACAGGCAUCUCUUGGAGAAACAUCUUCAACAGUCAGUAGAUGUGCUGACAAGAAAUGUUUUUAAGGUGGUGUCCUCAGCUCUGUUUCACCAACACAAGCUGUGUUUCUCCUUCCGGCUUUGCACCACGAUCAUGCAGAAUAAUGCUGGGGGCAGUCCAGUGCCGGAUGACAUCGGGUCCCUACCGGACGAAGAAUGGGACAUCUUCUUACAUUCCGACACGUUGACGAACGUUAAAGGUGUGAUGCCCCAGCCUAGACUUCACAACAGGUAUGAAACUUGCAGAAAUCAGCACCUUCAGUGGUUGUCGGAUUCCACGUGGAAGCAGUGUCUGUACGUCAGCCACAAACUUGAACCGUUCGCUCUGCUGUGCGAGUCCCUUCUAUCAAAUGUGUCACAGUGGGACGCUUUCAAAAGCAGUAAGGCUGUCUAUUGCCUGAUGAGCCUGCCUUUCUCUCCAGAAAAGGCUCCAGCGGAGGAAAGGAAGAAACCACCGGAGGGAAGUAAGAGAGCAUUCAACGUUCUGUUUACUCUGACCUAGUCGCGCGUGUGCGUGUGUGUGGAUUGUCAGCUUACACACGUGGCUCGAUAUCUUAGGAGAAAAUCGCAGGGAGGAACGUAGCUCAGCUGUGAGCCCGGCUCGUGUCGCUUAAUGCAGGCUUCACGCGGGUCUCGCGACUGAGCAUGAACUCGGGCGGCUCCUGCGCCACCCACCGCCACACGUGCACCCCACCCGUGUCCCAUGGGUCGUUUUAUGUAGCAGGUGCGCUCUGGAAGUCGCUCACUGCAGAUGGCGCUGUUUUCGGCACACCUGUCCUGUCGCGUCUGCCCCUCGGGCGCCCUGCCCUGCUCGCUGCCCCCUGACCUCCACCCACAUCCUAGCAUGUCUCCCUCCACAGUCCUCUCCACUCUUCUUCCACAUUCCUGUCACAAGAUGCCACUCUGUCUCGCGGGAACCGACACAUCCUUACAGGCAUUUCCUUUGCUCUUUUUCCUUGGGACAGGCGGCCAGAAAGGGAACUCGUGGAUCAAAAGCAUAUUAUUUUUAUGGUAAUAGAUGGCCGCUAGGUUGCUUGUCUGAAAAGUCCAGCAUAAUUUCUGUUUCCACCAGCGAUACAUGACUUCCUCUUUUCCAAGAGGGCUAUUGAUUUUUUGGUAACUUUUGCCAAUCUGAAAACGUUAAGGUACUCUAACUUGGAUUUCCUGGCCAGCACUACAUUUAAGUACCUUCUCUGGUGUUUGUUGACCAUUUGGAUUUACCUGUUAAUGUACUCGGCCCAUUUUUCUACUGAAUUGCUUAUUCUUCUUUGGCCAUCUGUAAGAACCCUACUGGUGUAAUCGAUGAUAGCUUUGUUUUGUUGAGGAUGCUAACUUGUUCGUUCAAGUAUUUUUACAAAGCGGUCACUGUCAGGUUGGAUUUAUCGAUGGUGUCUGUGCCAGCCAUGGUGAAGUGUCUGUGUGGCCAGUAGUCACGUCUAUUUUUCUUUCUUUUACAGCUUCCUGAUUUCCAGUUCUGAUUUAGAAGCUCUCCUCCCCG